AUGCUGGCAGAACUUGUGUCUCCAAAAAAAGUCACGCCAUCAUUUGUUCAGCUGAUCGACAUCGCGGGUCUAAUCGCCGGCGCGAGCGAGGGAAAGGGACUCGGAAACCAAUUUCUGUCCAACAUCUACGCAGUAAACGCGAUUCUCCACGUGGUGCGAUGCUUCGACGACCCAUCCGUGUCUCACGUAGAGGGAAACACGGAUCCAGUUCGAGAUAUCGAAAUCGUCCACCGGGAAAUAAUUGCGAAGGACCGUGAAAUUCUGGAACGAAUCGCCAAAAAGGUCGAGAGGGGACACGGCCAGCUGAACCACUCUAAGACCAAGGACGUGCUAGAGAGAACCCUCAAAACAUUGGCUGAGGGAGGUAUGGCCAAUCGCCUAAAAAUAGGCUCAGAUCAAGACGAGGUUGCAGUUUUAGACAGUUGGAACCUACUGUCUGCGAAGCCAGUGCUAGUGUGUUGUAACGUAGAUGAGAGCGCCACGACCUCCGAAAGUGAAUACGUUUCCCAAGUGAGGGCGUAUGCGGAGGCGAACCGCUUGCACGCGCCGGUAGUUGUGAACGCUCGACUGGAGGCGGAGGUGAUGAUACUCGAAGACGACCCGAAAAAGAGGCACAAAUGGUUUUUAGAAUAUGGCAUGAAGGAGAGCGGCUUGAAUAAUGUUAUUCACGAAGCGUACAAGAUGCUAGGCCUAGACGUCUUCUAUACAGUAGGUGAAAGCGAGGUACGUGCAUGGAGCUUUCAGAAGGGCUCCAGCGCCAAAGAGUGCGCAGAACAUAUUCACACGGAUAUUGCUCGAGGUCUUAUCAAAGCUGAAAUAUGCCGCUACGAAGACUACAUCUCUGCGCACGGGAAAAGUCGCGGCUCGAAAAAGACAAGGUUCGAAAGUCCCCAUUACGUGGUACGCUCUUCUGUUUCGCGCAUCCGAAAAUUUCCUAGCCCUUCGCCGCGCACAGACGGCUGCCCCCAGCCGCAAUCAAAGCCUAGCAUUUAG